AGGGAUUUCUUCGUCAUUGAUCAAGUUCACCUACGUCAGCUUGCAAACGUCGUCCUCAUCGGUCUUGGAUAUCAUUAUGGAUAAGCGGUGGGGUGCCGCUUCGCAGAUGAGCUAUGGCGGCGGUGCGCGUUCCACCAUAGCUCGCUCUCCCUCAAGGCGGAGCCUGGCUCCCGGUCUUCUGCUGCUGCUUGCAAUACUCUUCACGUCCGGACACGUACUUCAACGGGUAGAAGGAGGAGGAGGAGGAGGAGGAGGAGGAGGGCAAAGUGAAUCGCCAGCGAACCACUGGCUUUUCUCUCCGUCGGGAGUUCGAGAUUCUUUCUUCACAGGUGACCGUUCCGUUGACGUCCGCUUCCUUCGAGGGCUGCAAGACAACGUCCACCGCCGAUCUAUGGAGGAUGAUGCUUUGGAUCUGACGGUCGCACAGCCGCUCAUUGAAGGUAAUCAGUCCUCUGUCGUCGUUGAACACCCUCUGAGAAAGCCGUUUAAUAUCUCGACGAAGCUGUCGCCGCUCAAGUGCGAAACCGAGAUUCGGAACAUCGUGCAUGCUCCCAGCUCCAGAGUCUUGUACUACAUCCUCGAUGAGCACUGCGUCACUGUUCCCGCCAACAAGACCACGAAGUGGAUGCUCUCUUAUUGGAAGGUCGAUCUGCAAACGGCGGCCGUUAACGGAACGGCCACCCCCGAGCUUAUCAGCAACUGGUGGCACAGUUACGCUCAGUCAACGGCGGCCGUUAAGUUUCCCAUCGUCGUCGAUCCCGAGGACGCGUACUCGCCGCCCACGGCGCACGUGUACGGCAUGGAUCUUGUCCCCAACGACACGUCGAGGCUCCUCCUCGGUGCGACCACGGAGGACCAAGACAGGUCCAAGCUCAUCUUCAUGUUCACGUCGAACGGCAGCCGAUCGUCCGCCAUCACCAAUGUGCCAAACGUGCAGAGUUUGGCUUUCAAUCCCGCCAAAACAACGCAGCUGUGGGUGUCCGAUUCCUUCCCGCCUUUUUCCAGCCUUCUGGCGGCGGAUACCGACAGCAACGGCGGCGGCAACCCGCCGCCGCCGGUGAAGUUCGACCAGAUGGCGGGGUUCGUCGGAGUUGGCGGGGAACCGAAAAUAUCUGGCGCCAAUUUCGGUCCGCAGAGCUUUGACCCGAGCGGGAAAUGUCUCUAUUUCGUAGAUCGGAAUCUGAACCAGAUUUGGGCAAUCGAGCCGGAAUCGGGCAAGGUCCCGACUCAUGUUGCCGGGACAGGAAAGGCGGGAGACGCCGAUGGCGGGAUCGAGACGGCGCAGUUCGACGGUCUGCGGGCUGUCUCUUAUACACAUCUAGAUGUGUAUAAGAGACAGGCUUUGACCCGAGCGGGAAAUGUCUCUAUUUCGUAGAUCGGAAUCUGAACCAGAUUUGGGCAAUCGAGCCGGAAUC